CUUAAAAGAGAUCUGAAACAGGAGCUAGUUCAAAGUCUGUCGAAGAUGGCAGGAACAAGCUCUGCGAGGAUUGUUUUAGUUGUUGUGUUUGGUGUUUUAGCAUUGAUUGGGUCCGCACAGGCUCAACUGCAGAUGAACUUUUAUGCCAGCAGCUGUCCUAAAGCCGAGCAGAUUGUGCUGGACUAUGUUAAACAGCACAUCCCUAAUGCCCCAUCCCUCGCUGCUUCUUUCUUAAGAAUGCACUUCCAUGAUUGCAUUGUCAGGGGCUGUGAUGCAUCAGUGCUUCUAAACUCCACAUCUGGCCAAGCAGAGAAGAAUGCAGUCCCAAAUCUAACACUGAGGGGCUUUGAUUUCAUUGAAAGAGUGAAGAGCCUCCUCGAAGCCGAAUGCCCUGGAGUUGUCUCCUGUGCCGAUAUCCUCACUUUGGUUGCCAGAGACUCUGUAGUAACCACUGGAGGUCCAUUUUGGAAUGUUCCAACAGGAAGAAGAGACGGUGUGAUAUCCAAUAUCACCGAAGCAAAUACCAACAUUCCAAGCCCUUUCCACAACUUCACUACUCUCCUUACUCUUUUCAGUAACCAAGGACUUAACUUGACCGACUUAGUUCUCCUAUCUGGUGGUCACACCAUCGGCAUAUCCCAUUGCCCGGCUGUUUCGCGCCGACUGUACAAUUCCACCGGCCCCGGCGGAAUCGACCCAACCAUGGACAGCGAGUACGCUGAAAACCUCAAGGCCAACAAGUGUAAAACCGCGAGCGAUAACACCACAAUACUUGAGAUGGACCCUGGGAGUCGGAAAACCUUCGAUCUUAGCUACUACUCACUCUUGCUCAAAAGAAGGGGUCUUUUCCAAUCCGAUGCUGCUUUAACCACUGAUUCAACCAGCUUGGCUUUCAUCAACCAGCUCCUUACCAGUCCCCCACAGUUCUUCUUUGAUGAGUUUGCCAAAGCCAUGGAGAAAAUGGGUCGGGUUAAUGUUAAGACUGGAUCCGAAGGCCAGAUCCGGAAGCAAUGUGCCCUUGUCAACAACUAAAAUAG